GGUGCAGUGCUGAACUCGAAAAUUGGAGAACUUGAAAACGCUGCCAGGUUUUGCGGAGUGAAAUUUCAUAAGAAUAUCAAAAAGAUGAGCUGGGUCGGUGCAUCGAGGAUACGAUGUUUGAUUCUACUCACCAUGCUGGCGGUUUGCCACGCCAACACGGACUACAACGUGACUUUCGAGUAUCUGCACAAAUGCAAACAGUAUAACGCUGUUAGUGGGUACAACUAUCGUAGCUUCUUCAAGCUGCACGAACUCGAACAUCACGGCACACUAGAUGGCAAUUUGACCGUCGAUCUGCUGCUGUUCGUCAUGGGUCCACGCGACGGUCACAUACUGCUGAGCCAGGAGGAAAAAGCCUCAAACGAUUCGCUGGAAAUCGUUCUCGGCGGUGGAGGCAAUAGCUUUUCCACAAUCCGCCAGGGUGCGAAAGGUGGUGGCAUCAAAGCGAAGCAAUAUCCCGGACUCUUAUCACCGAUCUUUCCGCUUCCGGUGCGCAUCCGCAUCGACAGCGCCGGUUUGGUGAAAGUUUACUGCGGCAAUCUGACCGCUGAGGUCCCUUUCAUGGAGACGACGUCGGAUAAGCUGAGGGAAAAUCCGGCACGCUAUGUCAGCUUCUCGAGCUGGUCAACGGCAGUGUCCAAGUGGUUCUAUGACUGUCCACCGGAGAAUCCGGUGGCCGGUAGCAACGACACGAUCGUGGGCAGUGAGCUGGAGAUAGUGAAGACGAACCACGAGUUGCUGCACCAGCGGCUCCACGAAACGCCCCGUUGGACGGAACCACCGGAACGGUUUACCGGUAUCAACAUCACCACGCUGUACGUCCAGCAGUUUACGUACGAUCAGAUGACCGACAUUGUGGGAUUGUCCGGGAUGCUGCGUCUACGCUGGUACGAUCCUCGGUACGGCUGGAACGCUUCGGAGUACGGUGCGGUUCGGUUGGUUGUGGAAGAAUGCGAUGUACUCUGGAUGCCGUACUUCGAGGCGAGCCUGUUCUCGGGCAGCUUCAGCACCUGCUACGUGCACAGCGAUGGCCUGCUGGUGGUCGAUGUAGACGAGUUCACGUGGUACAACUACUGCUCACAAACGGACAACUAUCACUGGCCGUACGACAGUAAUCUCUGCAAUGUGAUGCUCUAUGCCGUGGCAUACAAUCGAAUCGUACCGCUGCACAUGAACAGUACCGCACUGAUGUACGAGAUCGCAUUUGAACAAUCCGAAUGGUCAUUAACCGGUGUGGCCGUCCAAGAGAGCUCUCAAAGCAACACACCAUACGGGCUACUUCCGGCCCUCGAGCUUCACAUGCAAAUGAGCCGAAAAAGUGAUAUACAUUUGGCCGCGAUCUAUCCUUCAUACGCUGUGGCCAAUCUGUUGAUUUCGCUUUCGUUCCUCGUGUCUGGCGGUCGGACACGGUUGCUGCUCAAUACGCUCGGACUGAUCAUUCUACUGAAAUCGUUCCUCAGCCUAUCCAUCAUCGUACCACGCACGGGAGUGCCGAAAAUAUACAUUUUCUUCCAACUGACACUGAUGUUCUAUGCCAUCUCGCUCAUCCUGCACGUGGUGGAUCUGUGGUUAAAGCGAACGCGCGCCACCAUUGCACCGACUUGCUGGCUUAAUCGGGCCAUUAACUUUCCCGCCCUUCGCUACAUACUGGCCAUGGAUCAGCGUAGUAACUACAACACGCUCGAGCAUAAGAAUGUGCUGUGGGACGAGGUAACGCAGGUGCUGGGCAGGAUCAUGAUGGUGGCGGUGCUGAUUGUUCUCUGCAUCGGAUUCAGCCGUCCGUAGGCUUCGAACCAGCGCGUUCAAGCGCUGACGCGAAGCAAUGGGGUCCUCUUCCAUUUCAGGGCACCCGUCAGGACCAGGCCAGAUUGCCUUUUGAGGUCACACUAAUUAAUUACACAGCGAGGUUGAGGCCUUCGAAAUGAUUGAAUGAACGGCGAGUGCGAGCCAUCUUGCCGCCAGCUCGAUCGCCUGAGACGCAUCCAUUGAGUCGUGUUCGUGGCUGAUUUUCGAUCACAUGCAGAGAUCGCUGUUUUUUUCAAUGCUCUCCUAAGCUUUAUCUCUCAUUCGGCGUUAAUAAAUGUUUCUUUAAC